CGGCCUUUUCCGUGUGUCUCCAGCCGGUGGUGUCACUCACUCAUCAACAACCGUGGAGACCUCAAGUCACUUUAAACACACCCCACGUUACCGAAUAGGGUGUUAUCCUAGAGAGACACUGGUAUAGAAAUUCUUCUGCUGCUGUUCUGAUGGUCAGUCAUGGAGGAAGACGACAGCCAAGAUGAGCUGAUCAACCGCAGUACAUCCCACAGCAAAGGAAAAAGAGGGGCAUUAUGGGCCAUCUCAGAUGACUCCGAUGACUCUGUCGAGGAGUCUGAGGAGGGAGAAUCUGACAGUGGUGAUGAAGAAGAUGGAGAUCCCAUAAAUGGAGAAGAUGAGGAGGAAGAAGAGGAGGAUGAGGAGGAGGAAGGGAUUGAUGAGGAUGAUGCGGAAGAGGAGGAAGACGUUAAGCCAGAUGGAGCUUUUGGGGGAACCUCUGCUGACUUUGCGGGAAUGAGCUCAGAUGAAGACACGGAAAAGUGUCCCAUCUGCCUCAACUCAUUCAACAACCAACCUGUUGCAACACCAGAGAACUGCGAGCACUACUUCUGCUUUGACUGCAUCAUUGAAUGGGCCAAGAACGCAAACUCGUGUCCUGUGGACCGCAUGUCCUUUAACAGCAUAUACCUAAGGAAAUGUUAUGGAGGCAAAGUGAAGAAAAUGAUAACUGUACAAAAGCCUGUAAAGGAAGGUCAAGAGGAAACGGUCGAUCUGGACCUGGAGCAGACCAACUGCGAGGUGUGUGGGGGCAGUGACCGGGAAGACCGUCUCUUGCUCUGCGAUGGCUGUGAUGCAGGGUAUCACAUGGAAUGCCUCACACCUCCUCUUGACUCUGUUCCUGUGGAGGAAUGGUUCUGUCCUGAGUGUGUAGCCAACAAUCGUCAUUCCAGAGGUUCAGCUGAGGAACUUAGCGAUACAGACAGCUUACCUUCUACCGCCCGUCCUGCCACCAGUCACUCCCAGCCCCGUGCUGCAGGCCCCACCAGAGCCAUCGCCCGCACUCAGCAGAGUGAGAGGGUUCGAGCUAAUGUCAACCGACAUCGCAUCACACAGGCACGCACAUCGCAGCUGGCUCCAACAUACAUGAUGCAGUCCACUUGGCUUGAUGAAACUAUCAAUGCAGUGGUGGCUGGGCUCAACACGGCCGUGUAUAUACGCGAUUUCACACCGCGUUUGCCAUCGAGCAACAGACGCAGGCCCGGAAAACGCAGAAGGGUGAAAAGCAAGAAGACGUCUUCUGCAAAGGGUAAAACAGGCAAAGUAACAAGUACAGGAGUUAAGAGGAGGAAACGAAGAGUAAGGAGGACUAAAUCCAAGAAUAAGCUGAUGCUGAAAAAGACAGCCACUCCUCGAGGCCGUAUUGCAAGUAGUUUGGGAAUUGUAAAGGACAAGAAGAGCUCCUCACUUCCUACAGUAUACCGGCCGUCAGAGCACACGCUAAGCAGCAUGCGUGUGGACAUAGGAGCGGCGUCCCUCUCCAUCUAUGGAGAUCCAUUUGACCUGGAUCCAUUUACGGAGCGUGAGGAUGAGGAACAGCAGGCCCACGUUACGUCACUGCUGGAGGCCAAGAGACGAGGGAUAUCUCGCUCUGCCCUUCGCUCUCAUCAGCCUGUGGCUCGACCAGUCACUGCUAGCCUUUCCAGGAGGGGUAUGGAUGCCCCCCAACCAGGGGGUGUUGUGGAGGCAGCUCCCGUGCCUGAUCUGCUUGGCAGCAUCCUCUCAGGACAGAGCAUGCUCUUGAUGGACAGCUCCAACGUCGUCAUUAAUCGAGAUGGUUCCCUCAAAGCUACAAAGCAAAUGAUGCCACCCGCAUUACUGUCAGGUAGCAGCUCAGGUAGCCCAGGAGAUCCCAGCACCCUCAGCCCAGUAGAACCACCCAGCCUAGGGGACAGCUCUCUGUCUCUGCACAACGGUGAUCUACCAGGAUCUUCCAUGACCAGAACUUUGUCCCAGAGUUCGUCUCGCUUACCCCCCUUCAUGGCCUCUUCACCCAGCCACACCCAACCACAUCCUCAUUCUGAUGUACCACACAGAGGGCAUCGCAGUUCGCAUCCACCCCUUCCAAACAGACCCACGACAUCUCUCGGUCACCGGGGACCCAAUGGAGUCGGAGCCUCUAGAGAAACCACAUCAUCAUCCAUGCACCCGAUUCCAGACUCUAGCUCAAAAAACAAGGGAGUGGCUCCACCAUCCCAACCUAAAAAAGCACCCACAAAGCCCAUGUGGGUAGAUGUGUCAGUUCUUCCUAGAAUACCAAAAAUAAAAAGGGAAAACAGCAGUGUCUCAAAUGAUGACACGAGUCAAGGUGGCAGUAAUAGACUUAGUAGUAGUAGUAGUAGUAGUAGUAGUAGUAGUAGUAGGGGUGGUAGUAGUAACACAGCCACUUCUAGUAAUGGUUACGGCAUGCCUGAAGUGGGCAUGAACAACCUGUCAGGGGACAAAGGAAGGCAGCAAAGCGUAGACCAGCAAAAGGGCCAGGCUGACCGCCCGCCACAGAGGCACAGGCCGGACGGAGCUAGCUCUUCAUCAGCCUUCUCCAACUCAUUCUCCUCCUCUUCCUCUGGCUCUCCGGCCAGCCAGCCACGGUAUUCCUCAUCCACCUCAUCUUCAUCAGCGGUGAGCUUCCGCAUCAACUCCAGCGGAAACUCCUGGCAAUCGAGGAGGCUAAGCAACGCGGCGUCCUCUUCCAGCGGUGGCAGCACGCAGGAACUCUGGGGAGGGAAGAAAGACGAAGCAAAAAAGAGGCAGUUGCACAGGGAUAAACAAAUGCUGCUGGCGUCGCGUACACCUGUCGGUAAGGAACAAGACGAUAACAAUAUCUAUGACCCCUUUAAUCCUACUUUGUCGGAGUCAAGCAGCUCAGAUGAUGAAGGCGAGGGCACGAGUCGAGAUAGCAGCUCUCAACAUGCCACACAUGAGGGGAGGGCUCCAAGUUUAGGAAAGAAGGAGAGCUCAGUGCAGGGCAAGCUGGACCUGGUUCAAGUGAAAACUGAAAUACAGGAGAGAGAGAUCUCACAGGAAGAACCAAGGAGAGAUGAGAAUAUCAAGGUUGAAAAAGAAUCAGGAUCAGCCGAUUUCAGUAUUAAAAAAGAAAAAGUGCCACUUGACACUAAAAUUAAGAAAGAACCAGGUUUACAUGAAGAUGAAGGUUCUGGGAAGCAUUGUGACAGGUUUAAAAGUUACCUAAAUUCAGAUACGACAGACAACACAUCUCCUGCUCACCUCAGCUCGGAUCUUUUAAAGACUGAGAAAGAGACUCCCAACAGAUCUCGCCCUAACUCCGACCAAGGUUCAUCAGCUUCCAGCUCUGGUAUCACCAAGAAGACACUAAAGGAAGAAGCUAAAUCAGAUUCUGCAUCCAGUUCCAAGUCCCCAUCGAGGGAUUUUAGCCACAAGAAGAAAACUUCAAAAGCUUCUAAGGAGUCUAGCAGUUCUGAGACGGACAAAAGCAAGAGAGGAGAUCAUCAUAGCUCAGGUCAUGAUGGUCGGCAGAAAGAAAGGGACAAGGACAAAGAGAGAAGAUCCAGGAAAUCGCGUUCCAGAGAGAGGAGGAGGGCGCAUUCAUCUUCAGACAGCUCUCAGCCUAGUUCCCCCGAUAGGACUCGGAGAAAGAGACGCCGGUCCCGAUCCCUGUCACAAUCCAAAGACGAGCCAAGGAGGAGGCGAUCCAGGUCUGGGUCCAGCUCCAGCAGCAGAGAGCGUGAAAGGAGGAAGAAGCAGAAACAACAGAGCAAGGAGAGAAAUGAAGACAGAGGCAGAGACCACGAGAGAAGAAGAGCGUCAAAAGACAAGAGACGCGCCAGGUCUCGCUCGAAAUCUCAGUCGAAAUCCCGUUCCCGUUCCAGGUCCAGGUCCAGGUCCAGGGAAAGAAGGAAAGAUCACACAAGACCACAUCAAACCUCUCUCCCUUCUAGAGACAAAGUUGACUCACAGUCUAAAGACAAGAGAAGACACAGGUCUAGAUCCAGGUCGAGAGAGAGGAGGAAAGAAGAAGGGUCAUCCAAAAGUUCACAGAAAAAUUCAGGGUCGUGUGUUGCAUCCUCCAAAGACACAAAGCUGUUCCAGGACAAGAAAAAAGAGAAGGAAAUUUCACAAAAAACCACACAAGUAGCGAAACCGAAUAGAGAUGAGUUGCCCUCCUGCUCCUUAUCCUCUAAAGUCAAAAAAGAAGACCUCACAGCAGAGACUCGUACCACAGCUACAGAAACGACAAAACAGGAGAAAGCUGGAAAACAGACCGGGAAAGAAAAAUUACCAUCUCUUGACAUGUUUGAAGACUCUCCUGUUGCUAAACCAAUUAAAGAAGAAGAAACUGACACCCCUUCUGUAGCAGUGAACAAAACCUCCAGCCAGGGAAUCGAAACCACGAUUAAGACAGAAACGUGUGAAAUCAGCGUAGUUAAAUCUGAGCCAAGUUCCCCGCAGGUAUGCCACUUUCCCGCUGUCGCCUCAUUUCCUACGCUGCCCACCCCUACGACAGCAGACAGCUCCGAGGACACAGGCUCUCCGCCUCAGUCAGCGUCACUGAGCUCUGUCAAACAAGAAAACGCACCCGAGUUAGCCGUCCCCGUAAAACAAGAAGUUCGGCAAGCCUCGGACUCUGACGACGACUUCAGUGUCGAUGUGAUGCUAGACAGUCUAGAUUACGCCAAGUCUGAAAACACGGAGGGGAACGAUCCAGCUGUCAAGGUGAAAAAAGAAGAAGCGGAGGAGAAAAACGAGGGAGAGCAAGUGUCAACUGUGAUAGCGGCAAAAUCCAAGCCUCAAGUGAAGAGGGUUACCUGGAAUAUACAGGAGCCAGAAGGGCCUCAGCCAGAGAAAUCUUCAAGCAAGCUGGCUCUGUAUAAACUGAAGCUGAAGCAAGAAGGAGCUCGCAGACCCUCUUUGGCCACCCAGACAUCAUCCGGUCAGGAUGUCAGUGGAGCUGUUGGUGACCCCUCCAAGAAGGAAGCUGUCGAUCAGCUCAGUGCCUCGUCUAGAUCCGACGGCCUACACCCCGGGGAGCAGUCAGCAGCUGGUCAAGGAGAGGACGAGGAAGGGGAUUCGUCCAGGAAAGACAAGUAUUUGAAAAAGCUGCACAUGCAGGAGAGAGCUAUAGAGGAGGUCAAGCUUGCCAUCAAACCUUUCUACCAGAAGAGAGACAUCAACAAGGAUGAAUACAAGGAGAUUCUCCGCAAAGCCGUCCAGAAGGUGUGCCACAGCAAGAGUGGCGAAAUCAACCCAGUAAAAGUGGGGAAUCUGGUCAAGGCGUAUGUGGACAAAUACAAGCAUGCUAGGAAACAUAAAAAAGGAGAGGAUUUAGGGAAGGUGCCAGAGAUACAGAGUGAGGCAAUGAAAACCUCUGACAGUCCUUGAUGAGGGGGUAGUCACGACAGGCAAAGGCAGCCACACCCACAGCAAACUCUUGUUCAUAUGUUGUCCUACAACCAAGUGUGACCUCUGACUCUCUAACGUACCCAGUUCAAGGUAAGAUCUGCUCGCAGUCCAGAUUUCUAUCUUAUGGUAUUUUGAGGACAAACUUGGUUGGACUGUCACUGCCAAGAACUGGUCUUUUUUUUGUGUAGUACAGGUCAUUAUCUUAAGGGGAGACUUUGAGGCUAUGCCUUAAAGAGGCAGAUCUCAAAGACCCUCCCAUGGAGGUAUAAAUCAGGUAGCUUUCUCCACGGGCAUAUCACUGCAACGAUACAAUGUGUUUUCUAUGGAUUUUUGUUCAGUGGGAGGGAAGGGGUAUUUAUCAGUAGCAAAACUAAUUUUGUCAGUUAGAAAGUGGUAAACAUAUGCAGGACAUGCAUAUAUUUAGGAAGUUUUUCACGUUAACGAAAGACACCGUUAUGCAAUUUUUGUAGACAAUUUAUCAGGAGGCUAAUGAAUCCAUUUUAGAUUUUGUUGUAAAUAAUAUAGAUUUGAUAUAUCUGUUGCAAAUGUCUGACAUAAAUGGUUCAAGUUUGUAGAGUUGGUUGAUCUUGUGUUUUUGUUUGAAAGCCUGCGUUUUCUGUCUUCCUCGCCUUAAUGUCCACGUCUCACGAGCUAAAACCAGUCCGGCAUACCAUACAUGGUUAAUGGAGUCACUUCUUCUUCCUUUUUUUUCUUUUUUGCUUUUGUUUUGAAUAAAAAUGUGUGACUGAAAUGUAGACAAACACGUUUUAGAGAAGUCUGGAACACGUUUUCGUACCAAAUGAGUAAGAUUCAUAAUAAUAAAUCUCCUUUUUCCUUGGAGAGAUAA